AUGAGCUUGAGCUUCGCGGCGGACGAGCGCGUGCUGGAGGCCGUGGCGCAGACCAGCGCGCUGUCGGCGGAGAAUUUCGCGGCGGUGUGCAAGCUGGCGGUGCGGCUUUUCGGCUCGGAGAAGCAGAGCAAGCGGCGGCUGACGCGCACGGCCUCGGCGUCCGGAUGGGAGACUGAGCAGGUGGAACAGGCGGUGCUCGCCAUCGCGAAGAUUCUCAUGGAUGGCGCCAAGGCGGAAUUGUCCGAGCAAGCGUUCCGGAUGGUGCUGAAGGGGAUGACGCUGCCGGAGCAACACGUUGAAGUCCUUGCGCAGAUAUACGAGGCGCACGCGAAAGACAUUCGAGAGUGCGUGUCCAGGGAAACACGAACCAGCGUGCCCCACUAUCGCAACUUGGAGUGGCGAAUCGACCUCGAGCUCGGCACGCGCUUCCACCGCAACAAACCAAAACCCAUUGUGACGCUUCGCCUGGACACUGCAACACAAUCCAGCAGCUCCAGCGUGCCCCAGCUUCAAUCGACGUGUCUUCGCGUAGACUACGACGGUCUCAAACUCAUGCAGCGCCAGCUGGAGACCGCGUUGAAAGAGGUCGACUCGGUGCACUGCAGCCGCAUCCAGCGAUACAUGCACUGA